GUUAAUUUGGAAAUUGGAAUUGUGGAAGUAAAAAUUGGUUUACAAUGUCAAACCAAACUCAACAAACACAGCUCAACUGCAAGUGACAAAACAUACACACGCAUUCAUUCACUCACCCUCUUCUCAUUUUAGCUUCCUUCCUCGACCACAUCGUCAUCCAUUUUCCUCCAUUGUAGCUCUUCUUCUCCCCACAAUUCUGCUUCUCAAUCUCUCCUCUCUCCCUCCUCCUCCUUCUUCUUCUCUCUGCAACACCAUCAUCCAACAAUGCAAGCUCUUAUCUCCCCAAAUCUCCGACCUUCUCCCCUCGACCCAUUCCACAAAAAGGCCCAAUUCCCAAAAUGCAAAACCUCAAACAGAGUCUCCUUCUUCACUCCUCGAGCUUCUGUUUCUUCCUCUCAAGUAGCACCCAAAAGAGAAACUGACCCCAAAAAGAGGGUUGUAAUUACAGGGAUGGGUCUUGUUUCUGUGUUUGGGAAUGACCCAGAUGUUUUUUAUGAAAAGCUUCUUGAUGGGGUUAGUGGGAUUGCCCCCAUUGAUCGUUUUGAUGCUUCUAAGUUCCCUACUCGAUUUGCUGGACAGAUCCGUAAUUUUUCUUCUGAAGGGUAUAUUGAUGGAAAGAAUGAUCGCCGUCUUGAUGAUUGUCUUCGUUAUUGCAUUGUUGCUGGAAAGAAAGCUCUUCAAUCUGCUGAUCUUGGUGCCGAUAAUCUCUCUAAGAUUGACAAAGUGCGAGCAGGUGUGCUUGUGGGAACUGGUAUGGGUGGGCUAACAGUUUUUUCCGAUGGUGUUCAAGCAUUGAUUGAGAAAGGUCACAGGAAAAUAACUCCAUUUUUUAUUCCUUAUGCCAUAACUAAUAUGGCUUCCGCAUUGCUUGCCAUUGAUCUUGGUUUAAUGGGACCUAAUUAUUCGAUAUCAACUGCCUGUGCUACUUCAAACUAUUGUUUUUACGCUGCUGCCAACCAUAUCCGCCGUGGAGAAGCUGAUGUGAUGGUUGCCGGUGGAACUGAAGCUGCAAUUCUUCCGAUUGGUCUGGGAGGUUUUGUUGCUUGUAGAGCUUUGUCGCAGAGGAAUGAUGAUCCUCAGACAGCUUCAAGACCAUGGGACAAAGAAAGGGAUGGCUUUGUGAUGGGUGAAGGAGCUGGCGUUCUGGUAAUGGAGAGUUUGGAGCACGCAAUGAAAAGAGAAGCCCCAAUCAUAGCUGAGUACUUGGGAGGUGCAGUAAAUUGUGAUGCUUAUCACAUGACUGAUCCACGAUCUGAUGGACUUGGCGUUUCGUCUUGCAUUGAAAGAAGCCUUGAAGAUGCGGGUGUGUCACCUGAAGAGGUCAAUUACAUAAAUGCUCACGCCACCUCCACAAUUGUUGGAGACUUGGCUGAGGUGAAUGCCGUAAAGAAAGUCUUUAAGAGUACAUCUGAGAUUAAAAUGAAUGCGACUAAGUCUAUGAUAGGACAUUGUCUUGGUGCGGCUGGUGGUCUGGAAGCUAUUGCCACAGUUAAAGCUUGUACAACUGGGUGGUUGCAUCCUACCAUAAAUCAGUUUAAUCCAGAGCCAUCGGUUGAGUUCGAUACAGUUCCAAAUAAAAAGCAACAGCACGAAGUGAAUGUUGCUAUUUCAAAUUCUUUUGGAUUUGGUGGUCACAAUUCGGUUGUAGUCUUCUCGGCCUUCAAGCCUUGAUCACUUGCUUGGUGAUUUUAUGGUCGUCAAGUUAGCUUCUUCGAAUUUAUAUACUUUGUAAGUUUUGGACAAAUUGUAUUCUUCCGAUUCUUAUUAAUCCGUCAUGCGUUGUAGUAGGAAGCUGGGGAUUGCAGCGAUCCCAAGUUUCCGGAACAAAUGAUAGUGAGUUCAAGUUGUAGCGAAGAGAAGUAGACGGACAUAAUUUUCCCUCUAUAUGAUUACUUGCUUUAAUAGUCCAUUCGUUACAAAAA